UUGGUUGGUAAACGCGAACACUGUUAAAUAAGACACUGGAUUUAGGCAGAGGAAAGGAACAAUCAGUAUACACCGGAUUUGCUUCUGAUCCGUCCUCGGAUCCUCCGCCUCUAAUUUAUUCAUCAGUUCCGAUUGCGAUCUUAGCCUCCGGUAAUGUGAAGUUCAUAUUGGUUUAGAUUUAGCUCCAUUAAUGAAUCGGAUUAGUUCUGUUUGGACAUGGGAGCAAUGAUAUUGGGGUGAAGUUAUAUACCGUUCACCUUCGCCCAUAGUUUUUGUAACGAAGGGGAACAUGUCAGAAAAAAAUAUCGAGGAAGUUAAGGAGAAAGCCAUUGCUGAUAAUCUCCCUCAAAAUCAAGAUCAUUGUGAGAAGUUCGAGGAAGAAAUACCCGGCCCAGAUAAGAAAGAAGAAAAUCCUAUGCCUUCACAGCAGCAAGAGGAGGAGAUCAUCAAGAAGAAGUACGGAGGAAUAGUGCCAAAGAAGCCUCCUUUGAUAUCAAAAGACCAUGAACGUGCCUUUUUCGAUUCUGCUGAUUGGGCAUUAGGGAAGCAAGGAGGUGCUCAAAAACCUAAAGGACCACUUGAAGCACUCAGGCCAAAGUUGCAGCCAACCCCACAUCAGCAAGUCCGCUCAAGGCGCUCGGCUUAUGCUCCUGCUGAUGCCGAUGAUGGUGAAGGGCAUGAAGGUAAUAUCGAACCCGCAGCAGAAGAGGAUCAGCAAUCCACAUUAGAAAGUGGCUGUAAUGAUCACGUUUCUGAGGAGAAAGUGUGCAAGGAAUAGCUAUCUGGACGAAAGAACUUGAUCUAUUCAUACUGAGCAGCAUCCUGAAGUCCUUUAAUGAUACCAAUAAGUGAAACAUGCUGAAUUUUAAGCUUCACUUGUUAUGAUUGAUCAUGCUAGUGGGACGUUGUAAUGCUUUCUAUGCUUUAAGUUAUGAAUUCAAUCCUUAGAUUGCAUUCGAGAAUUAUUUAGUCUUAUAGCUAGCUUUUGCUGGCUCAAUAGCAUUCAAUACCAUAUGUUAUACACCAAUAUACCUUCUGUUAUAAUGCAGAAUUUAUACCUCCAGGUUUCCUAUUU